AUGGCUGAACGAAAGGUUCUUUCAAAGUAUUACCCGCCGGACUUCGAUCCCUCUGCGAUCGAGAAGAGAAAGCGCCCUCGCAAGGAUGGAAAGCCUGAGCCCAAGGUGAUCACCAUCCGUCUGAUGACACCUUUUUCGAUGAAAUGCACUCACUGUGGCGAGUACAUUCCGAAGGGUCGCAAGUUCAAUGCGCGCAAGGAGAUACUUGAUGCGAACUACCUGUCGAUUGUGAUCCACCGUCUCUACAUCCGUUGCUCUCGAUGCAGCGGCGAGAUAACUUUCCGCACCGACCCCAAGAACACCGACUACGAGAUCGAGCGUGGCGCAAAGCGCAACUUCGAAGUCUGGCGCGACGCCACGGCCGAGAAAUACAAUGACGAGACUGAGGAGCAGACCCUCGACCGCCUCGAGAAGGAACACGGUGCUGCGGAGGAACAGCUCGAGCGAGACAAGAUGGCCGAACUCGAAGACAAGAUGCUCGACUCCAAGCGCGAGAUGCAAAUCGCCGAUGCCCUCGAUGAGAUCCGCACCCGCAACGCCCGCAUCGAGCGCACCGAGGCCCGCGGCAACGAGACUGCUAUGGCUACUGUUCAGAAGGAUAUCGAUGAGGAGGCCCUUCGCCGCGCCAAGGCCGAAGAAGAGGACCGAGAGGCUAUUCGCGAGGAAUUCUUCCGAAAGAAGCGUGCCGCAGAGCAGGAUGCCAGGACCGCAGAAAUCGACGCAUUGUACUCGGAGGAGGCUAAGGCUCGCCGUGCUGCAUUCUGGGCCGAGGGCCGCGAGAUGCGCCGUCGUAACGCUGCCAACAUGCGCGCUCGCAAGGCCAAGGGUUUGAUCAGGCCCAAGGGUACCACCAGCGCCAAGGCUACUGCCAGUGUCAAUGCUACCACCACCGGCAACGCUACCGCCAGCUCCAGUACCACUCCUAGCGCCAAUGCUACCACCACCGACAACGCUACCGCCACCGCCAGCGCUUCUCCUAGCGUCAAUGAUACCCCCAGCGCCAACGCUACUACCAGCGAAAAGUAA